CGUGGACAAGACACUGAUUAGACUAAUUGGUCUGACAUCUGAACCACCAGUUAGUGGUCAAGAAUGCAGUUCUCAAGUUUUCACAAAUUCCUACCAUACGGCAAUCACAGGUACCUUACCUUUAGUUGACAUUAAUUUUCAAUGUAUAAUUCCCUAUUAAGCCUAUUAUUUUCUUCCCCUUAUAAAAAUCAAUAUGUGUAAAAAAAAACUCACAAUUGUCAUUUCUAAUUGUAUGACAAGAUGUAUGCUAAAAUAUGAAAAUGAACUGUCUUUGGCAGUGGUUUCUAGAGAAAACUGAUCCCCAGUUAACUGCCGUAAAAACAAAAAUGGUAUUAAUCCCCAUGAUGAAUUCUCCUUUCAAACCUUUCUCGAUUGUUCCAAUUGUGCCUCUAAGGGGAUGGGGCAUACUUGCUGCACCUAAACUUUAAAAAAAAAAAAAGAUUACCUCAAUUGCACAAAUCAUGUGUUUCUUUUAUUUGUGUUCAAUUAGUUUAGUUUGGUUUUUUUUACCUUAAAGGGAGUUAAAUUAUGAAAACGAUUCCGCGUUUAAGGAUUUCGGAAAGUUUAGCUCUACACUUUACUCUUAAGUGAAGAUAUACCUGUGACCCAUGGGUCCAUUUUUUAGCACAUGUCCCAAUAUUAGGGAAGACUAAAUCUCAGGAAACAGCGAGUAAAUAAUAUCUACAUUUUUAUCUCCAGACUCACGACAUCGAUUGAAUAUCAGAAGCUCUAUAAAUGACCCAAUCUUGAAACAGAACAGCCCCCAAUCUAUUACAAGACAAUUCCUCAGUGAUGCCGUGAGUAACCUUUCCAACACGGAAGAGGAAUCUUGGAAACAAAACCAACCAGGAUGCUGCAGGUUAACCCGAGACAAGGGGAUACACAAACACACGGACGUAACAUCUAUGACCAGUCUGAGUGGACGUAGUAAGUGUGUGUCUGCGGAUGUACAUCCACCGUUGUGCCAAUUUAGGCCAACAAGUGGUAACGUAAAUCUAACCACAGGGAUUUUGACUGACUACAUAUACACAGAGGAUCAUUCAAAAGUUUGCCACAUAAUGCUUGAUCCUGCAUGGGCCUCGGGCAGGGAACAACCUCAUAGUAGACUUUCAAAACGUUACGUCCAAGAGCGUACACAAGGCUUGGAUGCGAGGCAUGUUUCUUCCCUUGAUGAAACCAACUGCUGGAAUGCAGAGUUCAACGAUGAAGCGUUGCAUAACACAACGUGCCACGAUCCCUAUGUUUAUAGAAACACUGAACAUGGUUUACACCGUCAAUAUUUGGAUGAUACGAGUUUUGAAAUAGAUUAUCGUGACACCUGUCCUGUAGAAUAUUGUCAAACUUCUAACAUCUGGAAUGAUCAGAAAGAAUCGUUGUUGUGUCCCGAAAGCAGGGUGUCAGGAUCGCAGUGUUAUGUUAAAGAGACUUAUAACGAAUUCGACACUCCAGGUAGGAAAUCAGACAGUGACGUUGAGAAAUCAUGGUUAACUUAUCCACCUAACACCGCAAUUAACAAGGCCGAGAAGGGAUGUGGUUGGGACUUUGAGAGAUGGACUAAUGCAGAAAAAUGGUCCAAGUGGACAUCAGAUCAAGAGUUUGGUGAUCAUUCGGACAAAAUAAAACCAGUUGAUCAAAGUGAGUUUAUGACAUUAUCACUUGGUUGUAUUGAUCCGUCUAGCAACUGGACUUCAAAAGACUUUGGUAUGUCAGUCGGGGAUGACCAAGCUUUGACACGAGUUGAACAUAAACCGAGACAACCUAGUGACAAUAAACAAUGUCAAACUCCAAAAGGAACAGCCAAUCUUAAGUCUCAGUGGUACAAAGGCACACCAGACGAGAGUUACCGCAGCCGUUUUCACGAGCCAGACAAUUUUUCACUUGAUAAAGCAUGGGAACCAUCGGAAAUCACCAUCCUAAAAAGAAAUGGUCAAGCUUCUGGUGACUCAAUCAAUUCUGACCUUAAAUUCGGCGAUCAACUCAUUCGACGGCUAUCUGAACACGAACCAGUACAGACGGAUAACUUCGAGAUGUAUUCAGAUGACCCGUGGCUACUAAAGCUUGGAGCCAGUCAGCUGUUUCUGAGCAGUGAGAUUUCACUCCCGAUUACAGUCGAGCGGCAACACGAUCUAAGCAGCACAACGGGAACGAUCAGCCUCGGAUCUUCGGAGGUUGUAAGUCAAGUGCUUUUAGGUAAAAACAAUGUCGAGAUGUCAGAGAAAUCAUUGUCGUCUCCGUCAAAAUUAGUCGAUGAGCGCCAUACCUCGUGUGGUCGUUUAAAUGUUUGGGGAGCUCGAGAUAAUAAACUGUUAUAUUCAUCAAACAAAUCGUAUGCUCAUUCGAUUUCGCCCAGUUUAAAACGAAAGGACGCGUCUUCCUUGAGUGAACUGUAUGAUCCACAAUCUGUGUUCACCAACGAAUAUGAUGGUAUGAGCUUCUCGAUGAAGGACCCAGGUUAUGACCCGUAUGGUGACUUUAAAGGAAACCCUCAUGAACUGUCCUCUGUUGGUAAAGACAGCGGGUUUGAAAUGUACGAUGACGAUUCAAGAGACCGUCAUUUUGAGGCUAGAAGCAACAAACGUGGAUCGAAUGAAGAGUCUAGUGGCAGCCUUCUUGAUUUGAACAAUAGUGGAGAGAGCUAUUUUGAGUUGUAUGAUAGGUCUAGUGACAACCUUCUUGAAUUAAACAAUGCUGGAGACAGACAUUUUGAGUUGUAUGAUAGGUCUAGUGACAACCUUCUUGAAUUAAACAAUGCUGGAGACAGCCAUGUUGAGUUGUAUGGUAAGUCCAGAGUGGGUCAUAAUGCAUUAAACAAUGAGCCUAGAGACAUCCAUUUUGAGAUGUAUGAAGAGUCUAGAUUCAGCCAUGCAAGUAGGGAAUCGAACAAUGACUACAGAGACAGCCGUUAUGAGUUGUACGAUUCUAGUGGAAGCUAUUAUGAAAUGAAUGAUGAUUAUAGAGGGAUAUAUGAAACACCGACAUACAGAGGACAAGAUGAUCCUUGUUUCCAACAAUCUAUGGCAGACAAACAUUUAAGUGGAUACAUGACAAUGCAGUCAGACACGGCGUUAAAUCCGGAACAAAUAGAGUCGCCCUCAAUCCCAUCACCCACCGUCAAUGUAUCAGAUCACUGGACAGUUGGUACUAACCGUUGUGACGGCCUCGCAGAAUCUUCCAAAUCUACGAGUGGCGUGCUGAUUAAAUUAGAAGCUAGCGAAGAAGGGAACAGUGAAAACACGGUGAAUGCUGAUCCUUUAAUUGAGGAGGGAUUGAAAGACUUUGAACAGUCUCCGGGCGUAGACCCAUUAAACAGAGGACCAGAUAUAUGGAUGCUCUGGGAAGAUAAAGCUCCAUCCGAUAGCACAACCUCUAUAUCUGUUAACACUGGAUCCAGAAAUAAUGUCCUUAAUUUGUCUAGCAAUUGUGAAGUCCUUGAUGUGGGAGCAUCCACUGGAACGUAUGUGCGCACAAGUAUCCCAUUGAGCAAAGUCGCCCAUAACUCAGAACCAUCAGAGAGGUUAAGGGGUAACAAAAAUGAUUUAAAAUCUAAUGUCAGAUGUAUUGAACACUCUGAAGCUCUAGGAUCAUCGGACAGAGUUUCAUGUGUAGAAGACAAUCACCAUCCAACACAUCACAAUGGUCAGGUAGUAUUUGAAGCAGUCAAUCAUACAUGCGAGCCAAGUGAAGUUAAUGCUUGCUCUCGGGGCGAACUUUACGAUGAUGAGGUUUCUGAUCAUUUCUCAUCUAAGAAAUCCCCAAAUCCUUACACAACAGAAACAGAAACCAAAGAUGAAUCCGUGCCACAUGGAAUUGACAGUGACCAUCAAAAUGGGCAUCAUGCACUUAAUUUAUCAUUGACACACUUUGUAGAAAAUAUGCGCAUCUACCCAGGAAACAACGCAGAAAACAUUUUAGCCCUGAGAAUAGCUAGAUUAUUAGAAUCGGAGACUCAUGAAAUCAUUUCGUCAGGUAAAAAUCAUUUAUCACAAGAUACUCUAGAAUUAAAACAAGACGAUCUGCCUCCAACAGUCCCUUGUAUGAGUUCACAACACCAGUCUACCUUUUUACCAGCCAAAAAACUGCAAACUGACUUAUCGUUAGGAAAAGAAAUUGAAGCUUCAUCUUCACAAGCCUCAAAUUCUGAAGCAGUUUCACCAUCAAACGCUGAGGAUUUCAAUGACUUCAAAUACAAAAAUGAUCCCACAUUAACCUCAAAAACAGAAGAGCUACUUAAAAGUGUAUCAGGACGAGAAUCUAAAGCUGGUAGUGUACCUUCCAUAGAACGUGGAGGUGUUUCAUCCCCUGAAACAGGAACUAAACCUAUACUUACACCAGAAACUGAAAUCAUGAAAUACUCACCAGGUAAUACAAAACAACAAGAAACUGAAGAUCUCUCACGUCAAGAAUCUGAAUCACACCAAGGAGCUGAAGUUAGCUCACAACAAGAAGCUAAAGGUAUCUCAUUCCCAGAAAAAGAAUCUGAAGAUAUAUCACAACAGCAAGAACCUGAAAGUCUCUCCCAAAAGGAACUUGGAGGUACCCUGCAUCAAGAACCUGAAUUUGUCUCAUAUCCAGACACAGAAACAUUGCCUGAAGAUAUCGCUAAAUCUGAAAAAGAACCUGAAGAUAUAUCACAACAACAAGAAACUGAAGGUAUAUCAUUCCCAGAAACAGAACAUGAAGAUACAUCACAACAACACGAACGUAUCUCACAACAAAAACCUGAUAGUAUCUCAUGUGCAAAAACAGAACAUGAAAAUAUCUCUCAAUCAGAAACAGAGCCUGAACAUAUAUCUCAAAUAGAAACAGAACCUGAAGGUAUCUCACAACAAGAACCUGAAGAUAUCUCACAACAAGAACCUAAAGUUAUCUCACAACAAGAACCUAAAGAUAUCUCACAACAAAAACCUGAGGGUAUCUCAUAUCCAGCAACAGCGCCUGCAGAUAUCCCACGAUCAGAAAAAGAGCCUGAAGAUAUAUCACAACAAGAAUAUGUAAGUAUCUCACAAAAAGAACAUGAAUGCAUCUCACAACAACAACCUGAGGGCAUCUCACAACAACAACCUGAAGGCAUCUCACAACAACAACCUGAAGGCAUCUCACAACAACAACAUGAAGGCAUCUCACAACAACAACAUGGAGGCAUCUCACAACAACAACAUGAAGGCAUCUCACAACAACAACAUGAAGGCAUCUCACAACAACAACAUGAAGGCAUCUCACAACAACAACAACCUGAAGGCAUCUCACAACAACAACAACCUGAAGGCAUCUCGCAACAACAACCUGAAGGCAUCUCACAACAACAACAUGAAGACUUCACACGACAACAACCUGAAGGCAUCUCACAACAACAACAUGAAGACUUCACACGACAACAACCUGAAGGCAUCUCACAACAAGACCCUUAUAGUAUUUCAUAUCCAAAAGUAGCAUCUGAAGAUAUCUAUCAAUCCGAAACAGAACCUGAACACAUUGCUCAAU